AUGCAUACAACGCCCCUCACGACAAUGGCGAUGCAGUAUCAAGCUGCAUUGCAGAUAUUGCAAAAGACGGCCAACGAUAUGUCCAAACGCAGAACAAGAACGGAGGAGCUCGUUCCACUCGAAGACUCGGUCGGGCGAACAGCGGCCAAGGACAUUCUGAGCCCCGACUCAACACCGCCCUUCGAUACGGCCGCCGCCGACGGAUUUGCAUUGGUGUCCUCAGCCACCAUCAACGCCUCGCCCAUGAAUCCGGUCUACUUUCGCGUAGCAGGAACCAUCACGGCAGGCGAGAAACCACCACUAAUGCCGCCCUGUAGGGGACCCGACGGUGUUCUCCAAUGCUACGAAAUCAUGGUCGGCGCCAGAUUUCCCGACACGGCCACCGAACACUUGAUACAUAUGGACGCAUGCGUCUGGGCAACAGACGUCCAGGAAGUGUCGGUGUCAGAAGUACCAAAGGCCGAUCCGCAGUUGGGCAACAGGUUCAUCAAGAUUACCAAGCCGGUUACGUACAAUGCCAACCGCCGGAGGGCUGGAGAAGAUAUCAGCAAGGGAGACAGACUGAUAAGAGCGGGGAUGAAGAUACGGUCCAGCCAUGUGUUGCCGCUCGCGUCGGUCGGGAUCAAGGAGGUCGCUGUUGAGCCGCUGGUUCGGGUUGGGGUGUGGUCAACUGGCAGAGAAAUCGUGCGGAGCGAUGUCGACGGACCGACUGCAACCAAGAGGAGCAGCACCCGGUAUACAUAUGAUGCUGACGGGCCUUAUCUGAUGGCAGCUUUGAAGGAAUUCGGAGCAGAGCCGCACUUUCUGGGCUUGCUGCCCGGCGACGAUCCGGCGGUGCUGGAAAAGGCACUAGGCGAGACGAUGGCGACAGACAAGUUCGACGUUCUGGUCACGACAGGGGCAGCCACGCCAGGCAGGUCGGGCUUUGUCAGAUCCGUGAUCGAGAAGCUGGGGGGACAAGUGCACUUCCACGGGGUGGCGAUGCGACCGGGAGGCACAGCCAUGUUUGCGUCGCUCGAGUCGACGGCACCCAACAAUGGACUUGUAUCCUUCUUUGGGCUUCCGGGAGACCCUUGUGCGAUGGCGGCGUCUUUCAGGUUCUUGAUCGUCCCGUACCUUCAGUUCGUCCGAGGCGAGAAGGCGGACGAGCCGCUUAUGGCGACGCUGGAACUGCGAUGUUCGACAAGGCAGGAAUCGGAACCGAACAUGGACGCGGGAGCCCCGGUCGAGGCAUCCAUGGGUAACGACUGUGGACCGCUCUGUAUGGACUGCUUCCGACACGGACGGGUGACGGCGAGCGAAGAUGGGCGACGCAAGGUGGUUCGCAUGACCAAGGACCAAGGCCCGGGCAAGGUGUAUCCGUUUAUCGAAGCCAACUGCUGGAUCCAUCUGCCGCAUGGCCAGGAGAUUGUGCAGGGGGCAAUGGUGCCGUGUCUAUCGCUGUCGGCGUGUCGGGACGAGAAAUGGCAAUAG